GGUCAGCAAAUAAACAACAAUAAGAUGAACUCUCGUUAUAGUGUUACGAUUCGAACUUUCAAAUUCUGGUGAACGUCUAAAGUUAGCAAGCUAUCGUUAAAACCACAUCAGCAUUUUGGGUUGAGUUUCAGUUUUACAUUUUCGUUUCGAGAAGGCCUUGGGAUGAAUGUGUUUAUAGCUACGUGUCUUUUCAUCACGACUCUUAGUGUGGCGUGUAAAUUAGCUUUCAGUCAGAGAGCACCUGAUGUUUCGGAGCUGACUGUGAUGUACUAUGACUGCUACCCCGAGGAAAAUAAGUUCACGGUCAAGUUCAAACAACUCGGAUACCAACAGGUUGUAUCCACUUAUUUUCGUAACAAAAAUGUGGACCGAAAAUGCAAACACAUCGAGAGCAUCCACGACGAAGCGGGCGAGUGGAUUAUAGGCUUCUUACAGCAGUGCGAGAUUGAGUUUGAAGAAGCAAGUAGUGGCCGAUUUGAAGUGAAGAUAUUUGAUGGACCAAUCAAAAUGAACCACAUACGAGACUCCAGGUGGAUUGACUGUACACCAUCCCCACCAAAAAAGGGACAAGAUGAGAAAAAAAUUCCAGAUAGAGAUAUUGAAGUGGAAAGCUCACCAGAACUUAAAAACGAACUAUAGACUCUACUAUCUUCACUUUGCAAGUAUUUAGAUAUAGAUACAAGAAAACUACCAAAAAAGUAUCUAAUUUUUGCAUUGAAUUUUCUAGAUAAAAAACUGAACCCCUCUCAAACUAAAAAAAAGUCUAUUUGAAUUGAUUAUAAACAUUUUGAGAGCCUUUUUUUUGUUUCGAAAGCUUUGGACUAGAAGA